UGUAUGUAAACAACGUCAAUUUAAAUAAUACAUUAUGCGAUUUUAUUUAAUUGAGAAAUUAAUACUUUACCAUAGUAAUUAAAUCAAUUUAGACUCAUGUUUAGUCUAUGCCAUAAUGUAUGUAUUAAUAUAGGACUACUAUAGAAUAGACCCUAUUAAAAACAAUAUUUUUGCUAUUUUUGGUGGCAUUUUGCCCUGAGCCCAACAUUAAUUUCGAACCCUUAUGUGCACCUCAAAGCGGAUUUUUUUGUUACCAGCUUUAUAUCUAUUAUUAUUAUUACGAAGAUUCAGCGUCGUAGUAGGAGGAAAUAAACCGGAACCUUCGCUCACUGGCUUUGUUUCGUGAGGGUCAUGUAUUGUAGGUUGCACAUGCGGCAUGUCGUGUGCUGUCAAAACAUCAUAAACUUCAGUGAAGAAGAGAAAGAAUGGAGCAACUCCGUGUUCUGGAGUUAUACAGCGGAAUAGGAGGAAUGCAUUAUGCUUUAAAGGAGAGCUCAGUUCCUGCUGAAGUUGUGGCUGCUGUGGAUAUCAACACAACAGCCAAUGAAAUCUACAAACACAAUUUCCCCAGUACCCCUCUAUUACCUAAAACUAUUGAGGGAAUGACAUUACAGGAUUUCGACAAGUUGAAAUUUGACAUGAUUUUGAUGAGUCCUCCAUGUCAACCCUUCACCAGGAUUGGCUUGCAGGGAGAUGUUACAGACCCUAGAACGAAGAGCUUCCUCUACAUCCUGGACCUUCUGCCAAGGCUCAGCAAGCGUCCAUGCUUUAUUCUGCUGGAAAAUGUGAAAGGCUUUGAGACCUCCGCUGCAAGGGAUGCUUUAGUUAAGAUGCUGAAAGAGUGUGACUACAGCUUUCAGGAGUUUCUGAUCUCACCAACAUCUCUUGGGAUACCAAAUUCUAGGCUCAGAUAUUUUCUUAUUGCGAAGAGACCACCAGAAUCAUUCUUGUUCCAGACUUCAACAGAGAUUAUAGAGGGCUUUCCCAAAUCAACCUCCAGUGUAACCUCAGAUAGUUCAACUCUUCCAAACAAUGAGCCUGCACCGUCUGAGUCUGAGAGAGAAAAGACGGGUACUAUCAUUUUUAAGCUUGAGACUAAACAAGAGUUGGAACGGAAGAGGAAUCAGGAUAGACAAGAGACAGUGCAGAGGCUGCAGGACUUCCUGGAGGAAGAGGAAGAGAACAUGGAUCAGUAUCUGCUGCCCCCAAAAACCCUGCAGAGAUACGCUGUACUGAUGGAUAUAGUUCAGCCCAGCAGCAGGAGAUCAGUCUGCUUUACUAAAGGUUACGGUCAUUAUGUGGAGGGCACAGGUUCCGUCCUUCAGUCCUGUGUGGAUGUGGAGAUGGAGAGUGUGUUCAAGAGUCUGGAGCUGCUUUCUGAUGAAGACAAACUAAAGCAACUUCUGCGAUUAAAGCUGAGAUACUUCACACCCAGAGAGAUUGCCAACAUCAUGGGCUUCCCUGUAGAAUUCACCUUUCCAAAGCACAUUUCUGUUAAGCAGCAGUACCGUGUGCUGGGGAACAGCCUGAACGUUCACGUGGUUUCAAAUCUCAUCCGUCUCAUGAUGUCAUAAUAAACAUUUUGAGCUGAAAAGGACAAUACCAUGUUACCAUGUGCAAGAGACUGUCUAUUAUAUUAUAUACAGUAUACUGUAUAUAUAUUUUAUAUAUGAUUAUUUCUGUCAUAUUUGUACUA